AUCAAUAAAUAUAAAUUCACCACAUCAGCAGAAUAAAAGAGGCAAAGCUUAUAAUCAUCUCAAAUGAUGCAGAAGAAGAAUUAGAUAAAAGUCAACAACCAUUCCAGAUAAAAUCUCUUAGCAAACCAGGAAGAAAAGGGAGUCUACAGAAUCUGAUACAGGUAUCUACAAAAAACUUAACAGCAAACAUCAUACUUAAUGGAAAAAUGCUGAAAAUGUUUCCUCUGAGAUAAGGAAAUGAGAGAAGGAUGUCUUCUGUUUACCAUUCCUAUCCGGUAAGUGGAACCAAGCUAACUUUUUGGAGGAAAAGAGUAAUAUAUUGUAAACUUUUCAGGGCAUAUAUCCUGUCAGGCUGGAAGAACUGGGAAACAGAAACACUGACAAGAAACUAUCACAGUGAUAAGAGGUCUUCCGCUGCAUUCAUCCCUUUUUUCCUUCUCAGGGUCAGAACCACAGUGGGAAGCAACAAUCUUUAGGAUGACCAAUCAGAUAAUGUUUGGAUCGCUCAACUUCAGAUCAAGGAGCCUUGAAGUAUCUUCUACAACAACCCUGUUGAUUCACAAGAGAACCAUGGUCCCGAGAGAUUAAACCAGUUGCCCAAGAUCCCACUGCCACUUAGUUGCCAUCUUCCCUCUCUGGUUGGUAAUGCGAGUCCCCCAAGUCCACUGCAAGGGGCCCCAGGUGCAGCAGUGGCUCCGCCUCCUGGGAUGAAGACUCUGGAGCAAAGAAUCUCUUGGGCGGGGCAGAACGCAUCAGCACUGCAGCGUGUCCGGUGGCACACCUUUUGCCCUGCUGACAUCACAAGCAGAAUGCUGGGGCUGGUCACGGUUGAAUUGUGACAUCAGGGAGCAAAAUUGCAGGCAGUGUCGAGGAGGGGGGCCAACUUGAUGGGGAGACCGCAAAACAGCAGCCAAAGGGAAAGGUGAGAAGGUGGUCAUCAAACCUCAAGAGAUGUAAAGGGCUGGGGUGAGGGCACACUGGACUGAUGGGGCUCCUCCCUGCACUGGUGAAGUGCGGGCAAGGCCCCUAUGCCUGAAUGCCCAAGGGUUCUUUUUUCUCCCUCCAUAGGGCAGCCAAGCCUCUGGCUCUUCUUGACAUACAGAGAGUUUCACAUGAGUAGUUGUGCUUUGACCUUUCUUCUGAAGGGCCAAGGAAGUGGUUCCUUUCCCGUGUCACGAUGUGACUUCUUCCAUCCACCUUCUCAUCCAGGAAUUAGAACAGGGACAAGGAGAUCACAAGCCCCAAUUUAUGCCCCCAUGUGGGUUGACCGAUGGCACAGUCCCUGUACCCCAUGGGCAGACAGCUGCUUCCGAGAGAAGAACUGGUGUAUCUCUCAAAGGGCCCCUCAACUCCUGCCUUGGCUUCAACACAGCUUUGCUCUAUCUUCCCAGGGCCAGUCCAGGACCAAGUCCCAGCCCUGCAGCCCCCUGCCCAGCCCUCAAGACCUCCCCAAGGCCAGUUCCUGAUGAAUGACAGCAACAAUCUCCCCACAUUGGAGGACCAAGUCCUCUGCCCCGUUUGCCUGGAGGUGUUCCACAGCCGGGUCACUACCGCCUGCGGGCACAACUUCUGCAGGACCUGCCUCCAGGGCUUCUGGGACCACCAGGCAGCUGUGGGAGAGACGCUCUGUUGCCCCCAGUGCCGAGAGAGCUUCCCCUCCAGGCCUCGCCUCUGCGAGAACGUCACCCUGGAGGAGAUGGUGACCUGUUUCACCCAGGCCGAGGGCCAGGCCUUGGGGGCCUCACAGAACCUGGCCGGGCCCAGAGACGUGCCCUGCGACUUCUGUGCCCCAGAGAAGCUCAAGUCAGUCAAGUCGUGCCUGCAGUGCAUGGCCUCCCUGUGCGAGAAGCACCUGCGCCGCCACUUCGAGGACCAGGUGUUCCAGGGCCACCAGCUGCUGGAGCCCGUGUGGGACCUCAAGAGCCGGCUGUGCCGGAAGCACCGCAAGCUACAGAGGCUGUACUGCCGCACGGAAGGCUGCUGCGUGUGCGGGGCCUGCCUGCUGAAGGAGCGCAAGAACCACGACACCAUCCCCCUGGAGGAGGAGCGUGGCAGCAAGGAGAUCGAGGUUCGGAAGGUCCAGGCCAACGUGGAGAGCCAGAUGCUGAUCAUCACCUCUGACAGCCAAAAGCACCGGGGCCAGGUGGCUUUUCUCUCGGUAAGGUUGGUCCACCCCCAGCCCUGGCCCAGGCUGAGGGGACCUCUCAGGGCUUGGAGGGAAUGGGGUGAGGCCAGGAAGACAGAGAAGGGAUGCCUAGGCAGAAGACAACGGCGGUACUGGCGGGGCUCAGAGAUGCCUCUCUAUACGCCCUUCCACUUCCGGAGCGACCAGCAAUUUCUGCAGGAGUUCCCCAGGCUGAAGCACUUCCCGGCCUGCGUGGAACCCCUGAUGGGCACCAACUGUGAGGAGAAGCAGAGCUUCCUCCAGCUGCCAGAGACCUUGGCAGAGCUCCGGACCCGGCUGGUGGACGUGGGUCUCAGCUUCAUCAACCAGCUCUUCCUGAAGGGCAUCAAGAUGAACUCCUAUGAGGUGCUGCCCCCAGCUGUGGACAGGGAAACACUUCUCAAGUGUUAUUGCAGCCUGAACCUCGACCCCGCCGCGGCCAGUGAAGAGCUGUUCCUGCUCAAGGAGGCCCCCUCGGUGCUGAACCUGGGCACCCUCCUGGAGCCCCGCGCCGCGGCGGCCCCGUCCGGCGGCUUCAAGCAGUGGCCGCAGGUGCUGUGCUCGCGCGGCCUGGCGGAGGGCUGCCACUACUGGGAGGCCGAGGUGUCCAACUCGUGGGUGUGCCUGGGCGUCACCUACCGCCGCAGCCCCUACUCGUGGUGCCUGGAGUGGGACUCGCUCAGCUUCUCCGUGCGGCACAACGACGCGCAGAGUCUGCACGGCGGCCAGCACCGCACGCUCGGCGUGGCGCUCGACUGCGGCGCCGGCUGCCUCUCCUUGUACGGCGUGGCGGGCGGCGUGAGCCUCCUCUACCGCGUCCUGGCCGCCUUCCUGGAGCCGCUCUACCCCGCGUCAGUCAUGGUCAGCAGCGGCGCCUCGGUCACGCUCAAGCAGCGCCCGGAGGCGUAGGCGGCGGCCAAUAAAGCUGGACUCGAGCGCUGGCUGGCCCGCUGGGAGGGGCGCGCCGGGGAGGGUGGCCGACCCGCGGGGACCCCUGGCCCGUGGCUGAGGGGUGGGCGGCGAACCUGCCUCCAGACCCGCUGCCUGGACUUGACCUGCGGCGCCUGCCCAGUGGUCCCGGGAGGUCCUGGGAAUCCCAGAAAACAAGCCGACCCCUCUGGCCUCACCGUCACGGGAGAAGGGCUCUGAACCAGAAUGGAGAGCCCCCGGGACUGGGGACAGCCCUGUGGCCUCCGGGGUGGCGGGGGGGGGGGCGGUUCCUGACCAGGAUGCACGGCCUCCCCCGCCCUUGAGUUCCCAAACCCCAUCAGAGGUUCUCCAGGUUGGUCCUGGCUACUCAGCACCAGGGCCUUGUUGCCCGAGAAUGGGCGGGGCUCUGACCAGGUGGCUUUUCUCCGGCUCCUCCCCCACAGCUGGCCAGACUUGAGAGUUGGCACUUGACCCACCGGGGUAGAGGUGUUCUGUCUGUGUUACUGGCUUAAUUGGAGGCUGGGAAGUUAAGCCAAGGAAUCCAUGACUAUCCCAGACCCCACCCCCCCCGAAAAAAAAGGUGAGGGCCUAGGUCCAGGCGGGGCUGGGGCCCCUGACCCUGCUGCCCAGCAGACUUUCUCACACAGCAGGUGUUUUACAGCAUGGAGAGGGUGUGGAAC